AUGUCGCCCACGCUGCACGAGUCGGCUCAGCCCCGUCAGCAGCCGAACGACAUCAAGAAAAGUUUGAAAGAUGAAAUUGAAUCAAUUUUGCGAGAGCGCAUUAUGGUUUUGGAUGGAGGCAUGGGGACCAUGAUCCAGCAAUAUAGCUUGACAGAAGAGGCAUUUCGAGGUCAAGAAUUUAAGGAUCAUCCCAAGUCCCUGAAGGGAAACAAUGACUUAUUGAGUAUAACUCAAUCUGAUAUAAUCUGCAAAAUUCACAAGGAAUACUUGUUGUCUGGCGCUGAUAUCAUCGAGACAAACACUUUCAGCAGUACCAGAAUAGCACAAGCUGACUAUGGCCUUGAGCAUCUGGCUUAUCGAUUAAAUAAAAUAUCAGCACAAGUAGCUCGAAAAGCAGCCAAUGAUGUUACUGCUCAGACAGGAAGUAAAAGGUACGUUGCUGGGGCAAUGGGUCCUACAAACAAGACCCUUUCAGUGUCCCCUUCAGUGGAGAAGCCAGAUUACAGGAAUGUUAGUUUUGAUGAACUGGUGGAAGCAUACACAGAACAGGCCAGAGGACUUCUAGACGGUGGAGUGGAUAUCAUGUUAGUUGAAACCAUAUUUGAUACAGCCAAUGCUAAGGCAGCUCUCUUUGCUCUCCAGAAAUUGUUUGAGGAAGAGUAUUAUCCCAGACCAAUAUUUGUAUCGGGAACCAUUGUCGACAAAAGUGGCCGCACUCUCUCUGGCCAGACUGGGGAAGCCUUCGUCAUCAGUAUAUCUCACAGCGAGCCGCUUUGCAUUGGAUUAAACUGUGCUUUGGGAGCAGUGGAAAUGAGGCCUUUCAUUGAAACUAUUGGGAAGUGCACAACUGCCUUCAUCAUUUGUUAUCCCAAUGCAGGUCUUCCUAAUACCUUUGGUGGUUAUGAUGAAACUCCUGAAGUCACUGCCAAGCACCUGAAGGAAUUUGCCUUAGAUGGUUUGGUGAACAUAGUUGGUGGCUGCUGCGGGACAACACCAGCACACAUCCGGAAGAUAGCAGACGCCGUAAAAGCGUGCAAGCCUCGCGCUCCUGCCGCCUCUGUGUCUGAAGGGUGUAUGUUGCUGUCAGGUCUGGAACCAUUCAGGAUUGGACAAUACACCAACUUUGUUAAUAUUGGUGAACGCUGCAAUGUUGCAGGAUCAAGAAAGUUUGCCAAACUCAUCAUGACAGGCAAUUACGAAGAAGCACUGAGUGUUGCUAAGGCCCAGGUUGAGAUGGGGGCUCAAAUUUUGGAUAUAAAUAUGGAUGAUGGAAUGCUGGAUGGACCAAACGCUAUGACUAGAUUCUGCAACUUCAUCGCUUCGGAGCCUGACAUUGCCAAGGUGCCGCUCUGUAUCGACUCAUCAAAUUUCUUAGUGAUAGAGGCUGGACUGAAAUGUUGUCAAGGCAAAUGCAUAGUGAAUAGCAUCAGUCUGAAAGAAGGUGAAGAUGACUUCCUGGCAAAAGCAAGACAGAUAAGAAAAUAUGGAGCAGCUGUGGUAGUUAUGGCCUUCGAUGAAGUGGGUCAGGCCACAGAAACAGAAGAAAAAUUUUUGAUCUGCCGCCGAGCCUACCACCUUCUGGUUACCAAAGUGGGCUUUAAUCCAAAUGAUAUAAUUUUUGAUCCCAACAUUCUGACCAUCGGUACUGGAAUGGAAGAACAUAACAUGUAUGCUGUUAACUUUAUCAAUGCAGCUAAAACCAUAAAAGAAACACUACCCGGUGUCAAAAUAAGUGGCGGUCUUUCCAAUCUGUCCUUUUCUUUUCGAGGAAUGGAAGCUAUUCGAGAAGCAAUGCAUGGGGUUUUUCUUUACCAUGCAAUUAAGUCUGGAAUGGACAUGGGAAUAGUGAAUGCAGGGAACCUGCCAGUAUAUGAUGAUAUCCAUAAGGAGCUUUUGCAGUUAUGUGAAGAUUUGAUUUGGAAUAAAGAUCCAGAUGCAACCGAGAAGCUCUUGCGUUAUGCUCAGACCCAUGCUCAAGGAGGAAAGAGAGUGGUGCAGACUGAUGAAUGGCGAAAUUGCUCUGUAGAGGAAAGACUGGAGUAUGGACUCGUCAAGGGCAUUGAGAAAUAUGUGGUUGAGGACACAGAAGAAGCCAGAUUGAACAAAGACAAGUAUCCCAGACCUCUGAACAUAAUUGAGGGGCCUUUGAUGAAUGGCAUGAAAAUAGUCGGUGAUCUUUUUGGGGCUGGCAAGAUGUUUCUGCCUCAGGUGAUUAAGUCUGCUCGUGUUAUGAAGAAAGCAGUCGGUCAUCUCAUUCCCUUCAUGGAGCAGGAAAGAGAGGAAAUGCGCGCAUUGUCAGGAAGUACGGAAGAAGAUAACCCUUAUAAUGGCACGAUUGUGUUGGCUACAGUGAAAGGUGAUGUGCAUGACAUUGGCAAGAAUAUUGUGGGAGUUGUUCUAGGCUGCAAUAAUUUCAGAGUUAUUGAUUUAGGAGUCAUGACUCCAUGUGACAAGAUACUCAGAGCGGCUCUGGAAAAUAAAGCAGAUUUCAUUGGCCUGUCUGGUCUCAUCACACCCUCUUUGGAUGAGAUGAUAUUCGUUGCUAAGGAAAUGGAGAGAUUAGAAAUAAAGAUUCCGUUGCUGAUUGGAGGAGCCACUACUUCUAAAACACACACAGCAGUAAAAAUUGCUCCACGAUACAGUGCUCCUGUCAUUCAUGUCCUGGAUGCUUCUAAGAGUGUGGUAGUUUGUUCUCAGCUUUUAGAUGAGAAUCUAAAGGAUGACUUCUUUGAAGAAAUACUAGAGGAAUAUGAAGAUAUUAGACAGGACCACUACGACUCUCUCAAGGAAAGGAGAUAUUUGUCCCUGCAGCAAGCAAGAAGCAAGAGCUUUUGUUAUGAUUGGCUAACACAGCCUAAUCUAGUUAAACCACAGUUCAUUGGCACUAAAGUUUUUGAAGAUUAUAACUUGCAGAAGCUGGUGGAAUACAUUGAUUGGAAGCCAUUUUUCGAUGUCUGGCAACUUAGGGGCAAAUACCCAAACCGGGGAUUUCCUAAAAUCUUCAAAGAUAGAGCAGUAGGGGAAGAGGCAAAAAAAGUCUAUAAUGAUGCUCAGAGCUUGCUGAAAACUUUGAUUGCACAAAAGAAGCUUAAAGCCAAGGGUCUGAUUGGAUUUUGGCCAGCUCGGAGCGUUCAAGACGACAUUUUUUUAUAUGUGGAUGAGGAAAUGCAGUCACCAGAACCAAUAGCUAAAUUCCAUGGCUUACGGCAGCAGGCUGAGAAAGACCCUGCCAGUACAGAUCCCUAUUACUGCCUGUCGGACUUUAUAGCCCCUCUGGAAUCUGGAGUUAAUGAUUAUCUGGGCUUGUUUGCUGUGGCGUGCUUUGGAGUAGAUGAGUUGUGCAAGGAGUAUGAGAAACAAUGUGAUGACUACAAUAUCAUAAUGGUGAAAGCUCUGGCAGACCGCUUGGCAGAGGCAUUUGCAGAGGAACUCCACGAAAGGGUUCGUAAAGAAUUCUGGGCUUACUGUGAAAAUGAGCAGCUGGAAUUUUCCGAAUUACGUAGAAUCAGAUAUGAGGGAAUCCGUCCAGCUCCUGGGUAUCCCUGUCAACCUGACCACACAGAAAAACUCACUAUGUGGAAACUGGCAAAUAUUGAGGACGCAACAGGUAUUCAGCUGACUGAAUCUUUAGCAAUGAUGCCCGCUUCAGCAGUAUCUGGUCUCUACUUUUCUAAUCCUGAAUCCAAAUACUUUGCUGUUGGGAAAAUAUUGAAAGAUCAGGUGGAAGAUUAUGCCUUACGGAAAAACAUCGCGGUGGCAGAGGUUGAAAAAUGGCUGGGACCCAUUCUUGGAUAUGAUCCAGAAUAAGUGUGUGCAUGUAAGGGGUGGGAGGGAGCUAGGCAAAUUGAGGGCUGGAGCUCAGGAG